AUGAUCUCGAGGCUGCUUGCAGACGCACCUGCUGCAGGCAAGGCCGUCUCCGCUAUGACCAGGCUUCAGCGCCCUUGGGCUCACCCAGCUCCUCGUCUCCUAUCCACAGCAGCAGUCCUCCGAACCGCCCCUCGCACCGCGACCACCACAGCCAAUAUGUCGGCCAGGAACCCAGCAGGAAUGCGUCCUCCAUUCAACAGCACCAGCGGUCUCAACGGCUCAGGUCGCAUGCGUCUGCUCUCUGUCGCGACCGGAUCUCGCCUGGUCUCCCGAGCCUUCUCCACUAUUAACAACCGCCCUCCACGAUACAUCGCGGCUAGCACUCCGUUCACCAUUCCUCGCCGCCAAUCCGCCCUACAGUUCUAUCGUACACGACGGGGCAAUCUUAUGGCUCGGCGCGGGAUUGCCGCAACGGCCGCACCGCGCUUCGUAAUGCAUGCCCUUCGAUUACCCAUGGGUGCCCUCACAGCAAGUUUGGCAGGUCUUUCAUAUGCUCAGUACAAAGUCACAGAACUGUCUAACAAGGGCACGAACUGGGCAAUGGGACUUGCAGAGGAUGUCAAGGAUCUCGUCACCUCGGUGAAAUCCACGGUGAAUGAUGUCCAUUUGCCAGAGCUAUCGCUGCCCGAUUUUCUAGCACCACUUUUCCGAAGAUCAAGCCUGGAUGAAAAGUCGGCCAUGGUAGACGAAAGUCGUUCCAACAGAGUCGAUGCUGAGGAAGAGCCACAUUCUAUUCGCAGGUCUUCAGGAGGUAACAACAAUAAUAACAAUAAUGACGAGGACCCUCAGCACAACAGGGAGACUGCAGCUGCAGCUGCCGCUGCAGCUGCCGCAGCAUUGGCUAAAUCAAGGAGCGAGGAGCAGGAUAGCCCUCGACCCUCAGGAAUCCCACCACACGACGGCGACUUUAUGCUGUUGACGAAAAAGUUGAUUGAGGUCCGCAAUGUCCUUAAUUCUAUCGACCACAAUAAUACCCUGAAGCUGCCAAGCAUCGUCGUCAUCGGCAGUCAGAGCUCUGGAAAGAGCUCAGUUCUAGAGGCUAUCGUUGGACAUGAGUUCUUGCCCAAGGGCGCAAACAUGGUGACGCGACGACCUAUCGAACUCACCCUCAUCCACACGCCACACUCGAAAGAAGAGUACGGAGAAUUCCCAGCUCUAGGCCUGGGCAAGGUGCACGACUUUAAACGCGUUCAGCAAACACUUAAGGACCUCAACAUGGCAGUUCCCGAAUCCGAGUGUGUCUCAUCCAAACCGAUCGAACUCCGCAUCUACUCGCCUAAUAUUCCCGACCUGACCCUAAUCGACCUGCCCGGCUACAUCCAGAUCACGUCAAAGAACCAGCCCCUUUCGCUCAAGGAGAAGAUCUCUGAACUGUGCGAAAAAUACAUCCAGGAACCCAACAUCAUCUUAGCAGUCUGCGCUGCAGAUGUCGACUUGGCCAAUUCAGAGGCGCUCCGUAGCAGUCGAAAGGUUGAUCCCCUGGGGUUACGAACAAUCGGCGUUAUCACCAAGAUGGAUCUCGUCGAACCGGACCGUGGGGUGGCCAUUUUAAGGAAUCAAGAUUAUCCUCUUCAUCUAGGAUACAUCGGUGUAGUCUGCAAGGCGCCCACAGGCGACAAGAAGGACAACAUGACCCAGGCUGUGAUUAAGACCGAGGAUGCGUAUUUCCGAAGCGCCUACCAAUUCAGCCAGAGGGGUGUCGCUGUCGGCACUGGAACGCUGCGCCGAAAACUGAUGGAUGUAUUAGAGGAGAACAUGGGCUCGAAUCUGGGCUCGAUUAUUAAGGCUGUUCAGAAGGAGUUGGACGAGACCCGAUACCAGUUCAAGGUCGAGUACAACGAUCAAAGGAUGAGCGCCGAAUCAUACGUGGCCGAGUCUGUCGACAAGUUGAAGCAUAGGUUCAAGGAUUUUACAAAAGCCUUUGGUAAGCCCCAGGUCCGACUCGAGAUUCGACACAUGCUGGAGCAGCGGAUGCUCGAUACUUGUGCUCAGAGAUACUGGUCCGACCCGAGGAUCAGCGAACUCUCGCAACUGGACUCGGCAGCAGAGGAGGAUCGACUAUACUGGGACCUACAGCUCGACCUGGCAUCAUCUGCCUUAACAAAAUCAGGAGUGGGCCGUCAAACAACUCAGCGUGUCGUCGACAUUCUGUCUAGGACCAUGGAGCAGCUUGCGGAGGCAGAACCGUUUAAUUAUCACCCGGAUGCAGCAGAGACCAUCAAGUCGAUGACACAUGAGAUCCUCAGUAGUCGAAGCCAGGCGACCGCGGAUCAGGUCGAGAAUACGAUCAAGCCGUUCAAGUACGAAGUGGAGUGCACCGAUAGCGAGUGGACUGAAGGCGUCAAGCGCGCCGUCGUAUUGCUGCAGAAGGAACUGGAGAUGUGUGAAGAGGCAUUAACCAAGAUCAAGACGACAGUCGGAACCAAGAAGUUGCGCAAGGCCAUCAACUAUGUGAUUGAAUUCGACCGAGAGGAGGCCAGGAGGUCACAACGUCGCGAGGCCGUUGCCAAGUUACGUGAGUCGAACCCUCGUCUGCAUUUGGAAGAACAUCUUAGUUCCAAAGAGGACAGCAACCAGACCUCUGAAUCAAAAGAAUCACACAGCGAACAUGAAGACGAGAAUGAGGGUGCAGCCGUGGAGGAGCAUUCAUUGGAGGACGAGGACGAAUUGGAGGCAGCAACACGACCACACUACAACCCCAAGCUGUUGGUCAAGGCUCGCGAGGCCCUCUCACUCCGGGACCGUGCGUUGAUCUUGAAAUACCGACUGUCGGCAUUGAAGUCCAAGACGUGCAGGAGCUCGAAGAACAAGACACAGUGCCCCGAGGCGUUCCUGGCGAUGGUCUCUGAGAAGCUGGCGUACACGAGCGUGAUGUUCAUUCAGGUAGAGCUGAUGAACGAAUUUGUGUUCCAGCUGCCGAGGAUGAUUGAUAGCCGCCUAGGAGUCAAGACUGGGCAGGAAGCGAUGGAGAAGUUCGCGAGAGAGAACCCUUCGGUGGGGCGACACCUGCAGCUGAUGGACAGGCGGAUGAAGCUGGAGGAGGUGUGGGAGAAGUUGAACUACCUAGUGCGACGCCAGGAGGAGGCCAGGGCUCGCAAAUGGUAA